UUAUCGCGCACGAAGAAUUUGUUCAAUUUGACAAAACUCAAGAUUCAAUCGACAACGCCAACGACCUCAAUCGACCUCCGAAUCAGAAAUUCGCCAACAUGUCGUCCAACAGAUUGACCUACAGACGCCGAAACCCAUACAACACUCGAUCCAACAAGGUCAGAGUUGUUAAGACCCCCGGCGGCGAGCUUCGUUAUCUCCACAUCAAGAAGGCCGGUACUGCACCAAAGUGCGGUGACUGCGGAAUCAAAUUGCCAGGUAUCCCAGCUCUCCGACCCCGCGAAUACUCCCAGAUCUCCCGCCCAAAGAAGACUGUUCAACGUGCCUACGGAGGAUCAAGAUGUGCCAACUGCGUUAGAGACCGUAUCGUCAGAGCUUUCUUGAUUGAGGAGCAAAAGAUUGUCAAGAAGGUUCUCAAGGAGUCUCAACAAAAGAAGCGUUAAGCGGUUGAUUAGUUCUGGGUCCUUUGGUGUUUGACUGGGAAGGCUGGAAUGAAUCGCAGCAGGAAAUAGCUGUAUAAAUCUCAGGGCUUCCACCAAUUCAUGAGCUUCGACUAUACUGAGUGCCCGUCCAUUGUGAGGUUGGCGUCAGAAUGCAUUAAAGUGAAUGGGGUUCGAUUUGGAUCAGUUCACCGGUUAGUGAAGCAGGCAAUUAAUCGGGGGUUUCGAGCAAUUUAUGAAGAUAUUGCAAAGACAAUGUUCGCCUUUUUCUACGACUACGUGAGCCGAAUGUAUCAUCCCAUGAUGAAUCCCAUUCGACAAGUCAGACAACGGGGAAGAGGUACAUCUUCAAUACCGAGCCAGAAAAUUCUCUUGAACACAGCCCCAGCAGCCUCUUGGAACUAUGCAUAGGUUUCACCAUUGUGACGUCGUGACUUCCGCUUCGUGAUUUUGUUUUUAUCUCAACUCUCCUUUCUUCAAAUUUUACGCUGCAGAUUCUACCUACCAACUGCAAAUCCAUUCAUGAACAUUCAUCUAGCACAAGUCGCUCUUUCUAGAUACUUGGAGACCAAAGAUAACAAAUUACAUCAUGCCCUCUAGUAGUAGGAAGUAAUUAAUUAGUCGCAGUUCAAAAUACAUAUUAACA